AUGACUGCCAAGCCAUCCAUGCCAGAUGUAGACGUGGAGCCGCCAACGUAUGACAACGCCAUCAGCGAGUCACGGGCGCAACUCAGUUGCGGAGAGACACCGACACUGUUUCUGGACAAAACGACGGUUUUCGCCAACACUUCACCACCUCGUGCGCUCUAUGAGCUGAGCAACAUCGUUACCAACGCAAAGUCGACAGUGUAUGGAAUUCAGAAAGUGGUCUACAGAGUCUCUUCAUCGCCUGGCAGCGACAAAGUGAGGACGAGGUUGGACCACAUCUACGACUUUACUCAAGAUCCUCUCAAGGGACUUGAAAGCUUCAAAAUGCAACUGAGCGAUGUUACAGUCAUUCAGGGUCAGACGAGUUCGAAGAGGACCUUUAAGGAAGUUCAUCUGAUGCCCGGUGUCACUGGAUGGACGGUCAAGGAUCAUUUCAAAGCUGGAGAUAGCGCGGCACAUCGUAUAAAGCAUAAGGAUAAGAUUCACUGGAAAAACAUGAGGGAAGAGGUCGUCGCUAUUGAAACGGUCGCUAAGAGGGACAAGGAGAAGAAAUUGCUGGGAAUGCCUCAGUUAAACAUCACAAUGCCGAUGGAGGCCAAGGAGCUGGAUCUGUUGGUGACCAGCUGGAUGGCAAGACUUUGGCGGCAGUCUGCCGAUGAGACCAAGGAUCCCAUGACCUGGAACGACUUCAAGGAGAUCUCUAAACUUGCUCUUAGCAACAAUAAGUUUGGAAACACUUGGAAGCUAAUGCCAAGUUGA